AUGGACGAGCAACUCCCAGACUCCCUGACCCAGGGUCACACCGCCGCUCAUAUAAAGAGACCCCCUCGCAGCCAGGCCGGGCAGCUUUGCGCGCACAGUUUGGAGCAGGAGGACGGACCUCAGAGCGGCUCAGCGUGUCCACUCCGCUUGCACCCAUCUCUCCCCUCCAGUGUCUCGCGGCUCUCUCUCUCUCUAUCUAUCUCUGUUACUAUCUAUCUAUCUAUCUCCAUCUCGUGCGGCAUGGGCUCCGUGCUUCCAGCAGACGCUCUGGCUCUCAAGCCUGGAUUUAAGUGUCCCAGCCGCUCGCUGUCGGACGUGAUCACGUCGGACAUCCUGCACAGCUUCCUGUACGGCAGGUGGAGGAACGUGCUGGGGGAGCACCUGGCGGAGGAGCGGCAGGGCAGCAGCAGCAGCCCCCGGACCGCCUUCACGGCCGAGGUCCUGGCUCAGUCCUUCGCCGGAGAGGUGCAGAAGCUGUCCAGCCUGGUGCUGCCCAGCGAGGUGAUCAUCGCCCAGAGCUCCAUCCCCGGAGAAGGCCUGGGCAUCUUCUCCAAGACCUGGAUCAAAGCCGGGACAGAGAUGGGGCCCUUCACGGGGAGGCUCCUGUCCCCUGAGCACGUGGACCUGUUCAAGAACAACAACCUGAUGUGGGAGGUGUUCAAUGAAGACGGCACGGUGCGCUACUUCAUUGAUGCCAGCCAGGAGGACCAGCGCAGCUGGAUGACCUACAUCAAAUGCGCCCGGAACGAGCAGGAGCAGAACCUGGAGGUGGUGCAGAUCGGCAGCAGCAUUUUUUACAAGGCCGUGGAGACCAUUCCACCAGACCAGGAACUUUUAGUUUGGUAUGGAAAUACACACAACACGUUCUUGGGAAUCCCUGGAGUUCCUGGAACUGAUGAGGAACACCAAAAGAAAGGUAGAACUGAUGAACCUCACUCCAGUGAUGGGCCUUCCUCUUGCUCCCCCCCCUCCUCCUCCUCCUCCGUGUCCUCCUCAGCCUCCGCGGGCCGGAUGCGCUGCGUCAUCUGCCACCGCGGCUUCAACUCGCGCAGCAACCUGCGCUCGCACAUGCGCAUCCACACGCUGGACAAGCCCUUCGUGUGCCGCUUCUGCAACCGCCGCUUCAGCCAGUCGUCCACGCUGCGCAACCACGUGCGCCUGCACACGGGCGAGCGGCCCUACAAGUGCCACGUCUGCCAGAGCGCCUACUCCCAGCUGGCGGGCCUCCGCGCGCACCAGAAGAGCGCACGGCACAAGCCGGUGGCGCUCAGCGCGGACGCCCCCCCGCAGGCGUCCCCCCCUCCCCCGCAGCUGGCAGCCAUGCAGCACCAACUGCCCCUGGUGCACCACAUCCCCACCAUGGUGCUAUGA